AAUGUUUUUUUGACAAUUUCUUUACAGAUAUGGUUCACCUCGUUUCAGUGACUCUGCUCUUCUCAGUAGUAUGUGGUAUAGGAGCAUAUAUUCCUCAUCACUAUCACUUUGUGAAUGAGAAUAAAACCUGGAGUGAAGCUCAGACUUACUGCAGAGAGAAAUACACUGAUCUGGCAACCAUCAGCAACAUGGGAGAGAUGGAGAACCUGAAUCACACACUGAUGAAGGAAAAUGCAAAGAAAGCUUGGAUUGGUCUACAGAGAGCAGGACCUGGGAGAUGGCAGUGGUCUCUGGAAGACCAAACUUUCUACAGAGACGGAGUCACUUACACACACUGGCAUAGUGGACAACCAAAUAAUUAUGGGGGAAAUCAGUACUGUGUGGCAUAUUGGAAUCCCAAUCCAUUAUGGUAUGAUUACCAAUGUGAAACGCUGUUUCCUUUUGUAUGUUAUGAAGUAGUAUGUGUUACAGGAGCAUAUAUUCCUCAUCGCUAUCACUUUGUGAAUGAGAAUAAAACCUGGAGUGAAGCUCAGACCUACUGCAGAGAGAAAUACACUGAUCUGGCAACCAUCAGCAACAUGGGAGAGAUGAAGAAGCUGAAUCAGACACUGAUGAAGGAAAAUGCAAAGAAAGCUUGGAUUGGUCUACAGAGAGCGGGACCCUGGAGAUGGAUGUGGUCUCUGGAAGACAAAACUUUCUACAGAGACCGAGUCACUUACACACUCUGGCAUUAUGGAGAACCAGAUAAUGCUGGGGGAGUUGAGUAUUGUGUGGGAUAUGAUUACUAUACUACAUUAUGGUAUGAUAACGAAUGUGAAACGAGGAAACCUUUUGUAUGUUAUGAAGUUAUUUUUCUUGCUUUUUGUUCUUUUGAUAAAAAGAGCUGGUAUGAUGCUCAGACCUACUGCAGAAAGAAUUACACCGACCUGGUCAGUGUGAGGAACCAAACUGAGAAUGAGGAGAUCAGGAGUGUUUCAUGCAGUUCACCUUUUUGGAUUGGUCUGUUUAAUGACUCCUGGAAUUGGUCAGAUCAGAGUAACUCCACAUUCAGAUACUGGAGAUCUGACAAACCCAGUGGAAAUUUGAUCUGUGCUGCAGUGUCUGAGUCUGAGCAACGUUACUGGACUGAUGUGAACUGCACAGAAAAACUCCCGUUCAUCUGCCAUGAGAAUAAACUGAUCCUGAUUAAGAAGAAUCUGACCUGGUGGGAAGCUCUGACAUACUGCAGGAACCAUCAUCAUGACCUGGUGUCAGUGUGCACUGAGGAGAUGCAGCUCUGGGUGAAGGAAGUGACUCAAAACGCCUCCACUGAACACGUGUGGCUCGGCCUGCGUCACGACUGCACCCAGCGUGUCUGGUUCUGGGUUGUUGGAUCAAUAAUCUGCUAUCAGGGCUGGGCACCAGGGAAUGGGACUUGGAAUGAAGACUGUAGUCAUGAGGAGAGAAGCGGAGCAGUGCAGUCUGGAGGAGAGCAGAAGUGGAUCGAGCUGCCUGAGAGCCAGAAGCUCAACUUCCUCUGCUCUACCUAUGAUGAUUUGUUUUAUUAAACUUGAAGACUGAAGACAAGUUGUGGUCCAUCAUCUGUGUCAAGCAUCAGCUGAUCUACAGCAAUGUCUCAUUUAUAUUCUUCUACACAUUAUUAUUAUUAUUAUUAUUAACCAAAUGUUCCC